CCGUAUUCAACUCAUAGUGAAACCGAAACUAUCAUCUGUAAAAGAGAAAAUCAACCCACCGACAAAACGGCCGAAGAGUUCUCGGUCGAUCUUGUGUCUAAAAGCCGCGGAACUGUACAGCCAUCCAAGGUGAAACAUGGCAUCAUUAUCCUGGUUUUUGCCUUUGGUGUUUUUUGCUGAAAUCAUGUGCGCUAAGUCCAGUGACAAAUUGGUCAGCUUGGAAUGCCUGCCUGAGAAUCAUGGUGUCUACGGUCAGAACACCUUGCUGAAGUGUGAAGUGAAAUCCAGGCAGGAGGAUGUGAGGGUUAUAAUGGUGUUCUGGAAGAGGGAUGGAUCUAACGUAUUAACCUUUAGGAGUGGACGCGAGCCAAAUCCCGAUGCUCGAUUCCAGCUUCUAAAACACAGCCACACAGACGUGUCCUUGUUGCUAAAAAACACGCUGAGGACAGAUGAAGGGAAAUAUGAAUGCACAGUGAUAACUGACAGUGGUGAAGACAAAAAAGAAAUGAGCCUAAAGGUCACAGCCCCUUACACAAAGCCAACAAUGGGCUCAAUUCCGGAGAAAGACAUUGACGACGAUACGGAUGUCACACUAUAUUGUAAUGCUUCAGGGGGAUAUCCGCUGGGCAUGAUCCAUUGGUUUGACCAGUUUGGCACCAACUGGACCCGGAGCGCAGUAACAACAGCGCUGGAGACCGAGGACAAGCGCAUUAACUUAGUGAGCAAGUUUACGCUCAAAGCAUCUUCUGUGCACCCUGGAUACAGGUGUUCUGUGCUCAACAGCAAUGGAGUCAAAGAAGGAGAGACAGAAUUUCAGCUCAUGUUUCAAGAGAAGCGAAAAGAUAUACGUCCAGAUAAGGAGGGGGCAGGCAACAGCCCCACAGCCAUCGCAGCGGUCGUGGUCGUUGUCGGAUCCCUGCUCUGUGGACUGCUGAUACUCAUGAUUAUCCGCAGAAGGCGUUUUCACCAGGCCAGAAGACCAUCUACUCACCCAAUACUGAAUGAGCAGUACAUGGAGCCAGUUGAAGUUACGGGAGAGGUUGAAGUAGCCCUGACCGGCGAGAAGAAAGAAAAUGUUUAAAGGUUUAUAACCCCCCCACCUCAAUGAUGCACUUAAUUAAAAAUAAGAUGACUAAUUUCUUCACCCCGUCCAGUGCUUGACCAAUUCAGGGAGGUGCGUAUGAGAUCACUCCAAGGGCUGUUUUAGUUUGUGCAUCUGAUAAGAUUACAGACACAUUAUGGUAAUCCCCAAGCUCAAAUUUACUUCCAGUUUAGUCUCAGUGUAUCAGGGAUAUAAAACAGAAAAUGGCACCGGUUAGCACAAUUUGUUUUCACUUCCCCAAGAUAGCAUUUCACUUCUCUGUAUAAAGCCUCCACAGAGGAA